AGUUCCAUAAGAUGAUAUAUGGCAGAUAUUUUUCUCUAAUAACAGACCAUAAACCACUACUUGCAGCUUUUGGGUCAAAGAAAGGUAUUCCGGUCCACACAACUAACCGACUACAACGAUGGCCAACCACACUUCUGGCGUACAACUUCAAGAUAAAGUAUCAGUCUACUACUGCCUUCGGACAAGCUGACGCAUUGUCAAGAUUAAUAGGCUCCCAAUUAAAAACCCCAGAGGAGACUCUUGUAGCAAAUAUAAAAGCCGAAGUAGAAGUUCAUCGGGCAUUGGAUGACGCAAUCAAUGGACUCCCAGUAACCUUCGAAACUAUCAAGAAGAUCACUGAAAGUGAUGAGGUACUGAACACAGUCAAAUGCUAUCUGUCGACCAAAUGGCCAAACAAUCGCCUUGACGGAGAACUUUUGCAAUAUUUUCGUCGACGGGACUCACUAAUGGUUGUUGACUCGUGUAUUAUGUUUGGCGAUCGAAUUGUUAUUCCGAAGUUAUUACGUCACAAGGUUCUCAAGCAGUUUCGCAGUGCCCAUCCUGGAAUCAAUAAAAUGAAGUCGAAUAAAUGCCAUAACUGUCCAUCAUGCAUUCAAGCCGCUAAAAAUCCUGUGAAAUGCGAACCUCAGUACUGGCCUACGCCUGCAGGACCCUGGGAAAGAAUUCAUGCAAAUUUUGCUGGUCCAAUCCAAGGAAAACUGUUUCUAAUUAUCGUGGAUGCAUUUACUAAAUGGUCGGAAGUAUAUACCAUGCUAAAUUGUACAACCUCAGAAACAAUCCACAAGCUGUCUACCCUGUUUAGCUGUUUUGGAGCACCAGAGACCUUAGUAACAGAUAACGGCUCGCAAUUCGCCGCAGAAUCGUUUAAGCAUUUCUGUAAAGCAAACGGAAUAACUCAUUUUCGUUCUCCACCCUAUCAUCCACAAUCUAACGGACAAGCAGAACGCUUUGUGGACACCUUUAAAUGAGCAUUACUGAAGGGGGGAGGCGAAGGGCCAACUGGGCAGGUGAUCACCAAAUUUCUAACAUCCUAUAGAUCAACUCCGAAUCCGAAUGUUCCGGACGGCAAGUCUCCUGCGGAAGUCAUGUUCGGAAGGCGUGUUCGAACCGUCUUCAAUGCCAUGUUGCCAUCCAAAUUAGUUGAUGAGCGCAGUCACAAUCCAAGAAUCCGGAACUUCAAUGUCGGCGACAAAGUUUACAUUAAAUCCUACAUCGGGAAGAACCGAUGGGAGCCGGGAGAAGUUGUACAAAAAUUGGGAAGAGUUCUGUACAGUGUUCGAGGAACUUUUGGGACAUGUAUACGACACACAAAUCAAAUCCUUAAAGACAAAAGAACGAUGCAGAAUCGAAGCAACCGGCCGAUUUUUCCGUUAGAUUUAAUCUUAGAUGCACUAAUGCCCAAAAACACUGAAAAGAAGCCGUGGACAAGGAAUACGACGAGAAUAAUGGGACGACGUCGCAACCCACUUGUCAAACUACAAGUUGACCCUAGAAAGAAAUCUUAUUCGUGGGAGGUGUUGAGUCGGCUUCCAGAGAACUCCAAC